AUGUCCAACCCUUUUCUUGACGGCACAAUCGAUCUUUCUAAUGUUGACUGGGAUCACCUUCUUGCCUCACUCAACAAUUCUCGUCAAUCAGAUCGUAUGGCCGAUGCAUUUGGCACUGUCGAACCAACUGUCAACCCGUCGAUUGUUCAGCCUUCUACCAUGAACAACGAUAACGACUCCGACAUUAGUUCUUGGUUUGAUAAUGGCCUAUCCUCAGAUUCUUCCACCUCAGUUGUGGGUAAUCCGUCAACCUCGUCCGUCGAAGUGAUUUCUGUGGCAUCAACUACGCCUACACCUGUGGUCAAUCCUGAAGUUGGUAACACCCAUCUAUCAGCCACUACAAUUUGGCGUCACAAUAAAAUGGACCAGAUAAGCCGUUUUGGUAUUAUUCGCGCAAAGAAAUGUAUCAAUUGUCGUGACCACCCUGGUCGGGUUUGUACUCAACAUGGCCGCAAUACCGCUUGUUAUCAUUGUGUUCGUCUUGGGAUCACUUGCAAUUUGUCGGAGGAGUAUGAAGAUGAGCAUGAGGAACAUCAUCAUCGCUAUCAUAGGGAUCCAUCGCCGUCGCCGGAUCACUUUUAUGCUGGUACCCAUGGUCCUUCUAAUCCCUACAUUGCCGGUUCUCCCUUGUAUACGCCUAUCUCUCCACCUCCCAAUAUAGCAUCUCGCCAAUCUCGCUCUCCGACCCCAAGGGUGACUCGCCGCCGCUUGUCCACUCACCACUCAGAGCUUCCCUAUGGUCCAUCUAUGAUGCAGCUGUCGGAACACCUUUACUUCCUCAAAGAGUGGGAUGCGGCUCAGCAGAUCAGGGAAACCCAAGAUAAGGAAAUGCGUAAGCAGUUCAUCCAACAAGUACAUACGAUGAUGGGACUGUACCGCCGCCGCUGGUGA